AAUUAAAAAGUUUUAUUCUGCGUCUGACCAAGGAAGAGCCCAGCUGCCCCAAGCCAACUCCACAGUACAGCUUUGCUGUUGAGGACAAACUUUCUGUAAGAAUGGUUGAUUUCCUCUUUGAUGAUAUUUUUACCAUUGAGAAAGUGGAUCCAGAUGGCAAAAAAUUUGAUAAAGUUUCCCGAAUUGUAGCACAAAGUGAGAAGCAUGGUGUGUCACUGAUCCUAGAUGUGAAUACGGAGAUAUAUCCGAUGCAUGAGAAGGAUAAAUUCUUGAUGGUGCUGUCGCCCACACUUAACUGGGGCGGAGCACCUGUUGCUGGAAAACAGGGACAGGUUGAGCAGAAAUCUCUUGCAGACAAGUUUGAUUAUAUAAUGCAUGGAUUGCUGUAUAAAAUGUCAACAGAGAAAGGAAAAUCAGAGUAUUCAAAAGAAGGUGUCAAAGUGGAGGUAUAUGCUUCAUUUGGUGGGCUUCAGAUGAUGCUGAAAGGAGAUCCAACCAAUUGUACUAAGUUUAAGAUUGAUCAGAACAUGUUUUUGCUUAUCAGGAAAUUGAUAUGAAACUUUGUCAUAUAAUUGAACAGUGUGGCUUGUUAAACUCACAAAUUUUCUCUAUAUGCCUUUAGAUACGUCUAAUUCUACUUUUGCGUUUCAUUAA